AUGGUGGUCAAACUAUACGGGCAGAUAAAAGCAGGUAAUCCACAAAGAGUAUUGCUCUGUUUCUUGGAAAAGGGCAUCGAGUUUGAAGUUAUUCCUGUCGAUCUCAAUAAGUUUGAGCAGAAAAAACCAGAGUAUCUUCUUCGUCAGCCGUUCGGUCAAGUUCCAGCUAUCGAAGACGGAGAUCUGAAGCUUUUUGAAUCGCGAGCCAUAGCGAGAUACUACGCGACCAAGUAUGCGGAGCAAGGAACGGACUUAUUGGGCAAGACCUUGGAGCAACGAGCCAUCGUGGAGCAGUGGAUGGAAGUUGAGGCUAACUACUUCAACGUUGUGGUUCUACCUUUAGUUAUAAACAUUGUGUUCAAGCCCAAGCUUGAGCCAUCCGACGUCGCUUUGGUCAAAGAACUAAAGGUCAAGCUCGAAGAGGUUCUGGAUGUCUAUGAGAACCGGUUAGCUACAAGCCGGUACUUGGCCGGUGCUGAAUUCACAUUGGCUGAUUUGACUCAUAUGCCCGGUCUGAGGUAUAUAAUGAAUGAAGCCGGUUUGAGCGGUAUGGUUACGUCUAGGGAGAAUGUUAACCGGUGGUGGGAUGAGAUUUCGGCUAGACCGGCUUGGAAGAAGCUCAUGGAAAUGGCUGCUUAUUAA